AUGGGAUUGCGCAACUACGAAGAGUCGGCGCAGCUCAAGGAGCGAGAGGUCGAUAAUGUGACGCUAGUCACUUGCUUUACAACCCACAAUCAAGGCGGCUAUCAACAGCGCCACCUACGACCUACCCAGAGCCAGAAUCAGUCAAACGCCGUGACAGGGAAGCAGGUCACCUGCUGGAACUGCGAGAUUCGGUCACAGGAGAUAAGAAACCCAGGGCAACGUCCAUACGCAAGCCGAGGUCAGGCACUUCCAAGACCACUGCCGCACCCAAAUUGGCAUACGACCUCAUGUAUAAUCAUCUCUGACGAGUAUGGGUUGGAUUGUGGUUACGUUGAGAAGCGACUUGGCUCCACUCCGGAUGAUCUCGUUGACUGUGAGAUGUUUGGAGCUCGCUUCGACAACAUAACGCCGACUGUAGGCGCCGAGUUGGAUUCCUGUAGCGAGCUUUUCAAGAGGUGCGUUCUCUCACACUGCGAUUCAAGUUGA